CGUAAGUCGGAAUUUGUUGUGACAUUGAAUUAUUCUUGUAGAAGCAUUGUCAGCCGUUUUUCGGAUAAAUCGUUUGAUCCAUGGCUGCGGUGAUCGACAUGUCGACUAAUAAAUGUGUGGAAAAGCGAUAUAAUAAUAUAAAAAAAAGAAGAAAUGAUAGUUGUCUGUACAGGGGCUUAUUACUCACCAAUAAGAUGAAAGUUCUUUUAAUAAGUACACCAACAGCUGAUAUGAGUGCUGCAAUAAUGGACGUUAAUAUGGGCUGUAUGUGCGAUCCAGAAGAUUUACCUGGAUUAGCGCACCUUUGCGAGCAUCUGUUAUUCUUGGGAACGGAAAAAUAUUCUCAUCAGGAUGAUUACUCUAUGUAUGUGAUGGAAAAAGGCGGUACAUACGCAGGAAUAACACGCCCCGAUCACACCACCUAUUACUUUCAUGUAACUCCGGAGAAAUUGGAAGGCGCUUUAGAUCGCCUUUCGCAGUUUUUCAUAGCACCACUUUUUACUAAGAUCAAGCGGGGAAUAAAUGAUGUAAAUAAAGAAUACGUAAACCUUGCAAUAAAUGACAGCUGGCGACUUAUUCAAUUUGAGAAAUCAUCUGCGAGACCAGAUCAUCCGUAUUCAAGAUUCAACGCAGGCGAUAAAGAGACAUUAGACAUAAUACCGAAGGAAGAGGGCAUUAACCUUAGAGAUAGACUAAAAGAGUUUCAUAAAAAGUACUAUUCUGCAAAUAUUAUGACGCUGUGUAUUUAUGGCAAAGAGAGUUUAGAUGAACUCGAAAACAUGGUAGUAAAAUAUUUUUGUGAUAUACAAAACAAUGAAGUUGAAGUUCCUAUAUAUCCUGAACAUCCAUUUGGAGAUGAACAUUUUGGCACUAUAUGGUACAUUGUUCCCCUACAGCAUAUUAGAGAAUUAGUCAUUUCGUUUCCUUAUCCUGACAUUCAGCAUUAUUAUCGGGCUUCGACUGAGUAUUACUUUUCUUAUUUACUUGAAUGUAAAGGAAAAGGGUCAUUAUGGUCGGUUUUAUAUGCCAGGAAUUGGUGUACUCUCUUGAAAGCUCAAAAAACUUUACGUGGAAAAUUCUGUGAGAAUUUUAAAGUCAUUUUCUAUCUAACCAAAGAAGGUAUUCAGCAUACAGAAGAUAUUAUUCAACUACUGUUUCAAUAUAUUAAUAUGCUGAAGCUGAAAGGCCCAAUUAAAUGGAUUUACGAUGAAUACAGAGAUAUUACAAAUAUGAAUUUCCAUUAUAAGGAAGAGUCUUUACUUAAUAAUUAUGUGGCUUCUGUGGCCAGAGCGUUGCAGGAAUAUCCCAUGGAUGAAGUUUUGUGUGCGGAAAUUGUUUGCACUGACCAGAUUUGGCGACCAGAUUUGAUCGAGCAGGUAAUGGAAUAUUUGAAGCCGCAAAAUAUCAAAAUUUACGUAAUUGCAAUAGAGUGCGAAAUAAUAGCGAAUGAAAGAGAAUAUUGGUGCGGCGUUGAAUAUAAAAAGGUAAAGGUACCCAAAGAAACAAUGAACAUGUGGAACGACGCUGGCUAUAGCCCGGAUCUGACGUUGCCUUCUAAGAAUGAAUUUAUAGCAACCACGCUUGAUAUUAAGCCACAAACUAAUGUAGAAAGGUUUCCUAUUCUUUUGGAGAAUAGACCGUUUAUAAAACUUUGGUAUAAAAAGGACGAUGAAUUUCUUGUACCAAAAGCAAUAAUGUUAUUUAAAUUUUACAGUCCGCUUACAUGCAUGGAUCCCCUCAGUUUUAAUUUGACUCAUAUGUAUGUUGAGCUACUCCUUAAUUCUUAUAAUACAUAUACAGAUGCUGCUAAAUUGGCUGGUUUAGAAUGGAAAAUUACUAGUUAUGAUAAUGAUAUAAUACUUUCUAUACAAGGUUACAAUGACAAACAAUAUGUGCUGUUAGAAAAAAUUAUUGACCAAAUGUUAAAUUGUAAGGUUAAUCCGAUAAUGUUUAAAAUUCUAAAGGACAAUUAUAUCAGGUACUUGGCAAAUUGGACUACUGGACGACCUUAUUACGAUACAUUACAUAAUCUUAAGAUCUUGUUGUCAGACAAAGCUUGGUAUAAGGAUACAUUAUUGGAAUAUACUGCUUAUCUAAGUGUCGGUAGAUUUCAACAGUUUGUGGCACAACUAUUUAGUAAAGUGCACAUAGAGUGCUUAAUACAUGGCAACGUAACUGUAACAGAAGCUGAAAAAGCAGUGAACUUAAUUGAGUCAAAGUUGAAAACUGCGGUGCCUAACAUAGUACCUGUGUUCGAAUGGCCCGUACAGCGUGAAAUUAAACUAGAAGAUGGUUGUCACUUUCUAUUUGAGGUAGAAAAUAAGUUGAAUAAUAUUUCUUGUACCACGGUGUACUACGCAAUUGGUCUACAGUCAACGGAGUCAAAUAUGCUCUUAGAACUCUUGGCACAAAUUAUUGCAGAGCCUUGCUGCAAUACAUUUAAAACUCAUACGUAUAUGUAUAGAAACAAGAAAAAAGGAGAUGGCCAUAUAGCAUAUAGCGGUAUACAUAAAUUGCACUGGACGCAAGGUUUACAUAUCAUUGUACAAAAUGACACACAUCCGCAAUAUGUCGAGAAACAAAUUGAUUCAUUCAUGGAUUCUAUGUUGGAAUACAUAUCCACCAUGUCAGCAGAAGAAUUUGAGAAACACAAGAAAACUCUAGCUAAAUUACGUUUGGAGAAACCUAAAACGUUAAUUGCACGGAACGCUUUAUAUUGGAAUGAAAUAAUGAACCAACAAUAUAACUUCAAUCGAGUAAAUAUUGAAGUAGCUUACUUAGAGACAAUAACACAGCAGGAUUUACUUAGUUUUUAUAAGGAAAAUGUAUACAACAAAACUCGAAGUAAAGUGUCAAUACAUAUGGUAUCCACGGCAAUAUCAACGAAAAAGAGUUCGCUUCAUACUAGUGGAGUUAGUGCCAAUUCGUCGACCAAUAAAGACGUCAAGAAAAUCAACGAUAUUGUGUUAUUUAGAAAAAGUCAAAGUUUGUAUCGUCAACUAUUAAAACCGUUUUAAGAAUGUUUUCCUCGAAUGGACAUCCGCUUCUUUAACAAGGAAAGGCUUAGGGGAUCGAUCAUGUAUCUUCUCCCCUAAGACGGAAACGUGAAAAGUGAAAUGUU